AUGAGCACUCGUCACGGCGUAUUUCACGCAGAGGAUAUUAUUUAUCAGACUUAUGGGACCACCAUAUACGCGAGGAACAAACCUAAAAAAUCUUUAAUUCUACUUAAGUUGACCGCUGAAUUGAAUACUCAUUGCAUUGAUUAUGUUACACAGAUCGUUUAUACCCAUGAUAUUGCACUUGCUACUGUGUGGCUAAAUUUGUUUAGUGGUGCGAAAAUCAUUGAAACAGGUACAGGCAGUGGAAGUGUGACUGUUUCUUUUGCCAGAUCUGUUGGUUCAAACGGUCGUGUAUACACGUUUGAAGCUAACUCUGAUCGAUACCAAAACUUCAGAAAACUAAUCGACGAUUUAAAAUUGACAAAUGUCGAAAUUGAAAAUAGAGACGUCUACGAAAAAGGCUUGCAACCCUCAGCAGAAGAAUCAGAAAAUUUUGCAGAUGGUGUUUUUUUAGACUUACCUGAGCCUUGGAGAGUUUUGAAACAUGUCAAAAAAGUGUUGAAACCGUGCUCUGUAGUAGUUUCGUUUUCUCCAUCGAUUGAACAGGUUUUAGAAACCAAAGAAGAAAUGAAUAGACAAGGUUUUCAAGAUAUUGAAUCUAUAGAAAUAAUCAUGCAACCUUGGGGCGUAUUUCCGCGUGAACAAAUGGACGAGAAGCGUCGAAAAGUGCAGGAUAGUCGUCAAAAUUCUUUCAAAAAACCAAUUUCAUUGGAACUACCAAUGGUCUUUGAAACUUCCCCUUUUGCUCUGUACGCUCAAGAGUCGUAUCCACACACAGGAUACUUGAUCAUGGGCUGUCAGCCACCAUUGGAUGAAGAUGGCAUCGACUUCUUGCCUCAAGACUCCAAGAGCAGACUUAGGGCUCAUAAUAUAAAGGCAAAUCCAAAUUAA